UGUUGAUUCCCGGCAUUGCCGGCUGUUGUAACAAGAGAUCCAGACUUGCAGGCUUGCAUGAAUACAGGAGAAAUACGAAAGAGGGGAGGUCAAUAUAGAUAGGCAUGUUCCAUACAGUGGUGAAGAUUAUACUCGUGCGGAAUGCUCGAGAGAAGACUGGAGGAGAUGCAGAACAAUAUAUCAGCCGAAUACGAGCACCCAGCAGCUACGGUCCAUAUGUCGCGGUACAUGUGCAUCUGGGGAAGGGCGUCGCUGUCUAUACGAGAUUUAAAUGUCUUGGCCAAUUUAAUUGACAUCUGGAAUCUGUCAUCGAUCCCUUGGCAUCAUCUUCGAUAUGGAAACAGCAUCAGAGUGACACUGAGAUGCAGUGCCAGUUCCUGUUGAGCUUCAGAGAGCACCUGCGAGAAGAAAUGUAUAUAAGGUCUCUGCUCUCCCGGUCAAGGUGACAUCUUCAAGCUUGACCAACCGCAUCAA